AUGAACGCGCUGUGGUUGUCGCGUGCGCCGGCCGAUGGCACCGCCACGGGCGAUAAGCCAUCGGCUGACAGCCAGAAAGAAGAGCCGGCGAUUGUUACGAGCGAGAAUACCGAUAACGACCCCGCGGGCGCUUCAGCAUCGGCCGAUGAGAGCACGACCGACGCCCAACGCGACGCCCAAGAUGGAUCUCUAGAGGAAACUCGGGAGGAAACUCAAGGGGAAGCUCAAGACGAGAGUGGAGGGCAAGGACAAGGACAAGAAACACAGGAAUCCACGCAACACCCAAAGCGACCAGCCCUCCAGCGAAACCGCCUCUCGGUCCCCCCUCCUCCAGUCCCCAACGCCCCUCUCGACUCCGAAACCGACACCAACACCAACACCAACACCAACACCGGCAGUCCUCCCCUCCCCGAUUCCGUCCUCGUCUCAAGCUCCGGGCCACAACAUCCCCCGCAAGGCCCUCCUCCAAUCCCACCUCAACAACCCAGUACCCAACAACAACAGCUCAAUACCCAACAGCCACAACAGCAGCAACAGCAACAACAAGAUCCCCCCCCGCAAGACUCCCUCUCCCUAGCCCAACUCCGCCGCAUCGUCGCCGACAUCCCGCGCGCCGAGCCCAUCGCCUACGACUACGCUUACACCGACACAGCACCCACCGAAGAAGAGAUCGACGAGUGGUUCAUGUACAAUUUCUGGCAGUGGGUGCGGUUGAACGCGGCCAACCGGGCGUUUCAUGCUGCUUGGGGGCGGAUGUUUCCUCCUUCGUCUUCUGCCACUGCGAAUACCAACGGCGAGGCGGAGUGGGAUGGUACUCCCGAUGAAAAGGACCAAGAAACAAUCGCCCAAAAAAGAAAAGACUUCGUCACCGGUCUGCUCGACGGUGUGCGAGGCAGCGACAGGAUAGUGCGGGCCGAGGCCGUGGGGGCACUGGUGUAUCUUGUGCUGGGGCGGUGGACGGAGACGGUAAGGGCGGCGGGGGUGUUGGAUGCGGAGGUUUUGGAGGGGAGGGCCAAGACGGCGGCGACGGGGGAGCAGUUGCGGGCGAUGAGGGAGGGGGUGGUGAUUGUGGCGGGCUGUGGGGGUUUGGAGGUUGUGUGGGAGGUGUUGAGGGGGGUUUUUGAGUUGUUUUGGGGUGAUGAACUGCCGCAAAACGUGCAAAUGGUGGCCGAGGAGCUGAUCCAUCUCAUGACCAUCAUGUACAUGGCCAUCCAGGUGGCACUCGAUGGCCCCGAAGAGUUUGCCGAUGUCAAGCAGCGGUUGUUAAACCUUAAACCCGGCCUCGUCAGCUUCAUGUUCCAUGUCAUGAUGAAGCUGCGCUGGGACGAGAACACUGUCCUACCUCACACCCAGAUCUUCCUCUUGUUCUGGAAAUCGAUCCUGCUGGUGUUCGGCGGCUCGCGAGAGAUUGCCCAAGUCAAAGCAGCCACCAGCGAGCAGACAGGCUGCGACGACAAGGACACCAUCACGGCGUCCCCCCUCGACUACCACACCUUCCGCCAGGAGAUCACGUCCAAGUACCCAGCCUACAUCCCGCCCCAGCCGCUGCUCCCCCUCGAGCCCGACCAAAACACCAUCAUCCCGCAGCCCAACCACCCCCCGCGCAACAGCAGCGCCAACGGCAUCCACGCCGGCCCGACCGGUCCCGGCGGCGGUGCUUCCAUCCUGCACCAACCCGUGCACAUCGCCACGCCGGCCCCCUCGCCGCCCCCCAGCCCGGCCGUCGGCGGGAAAGGUGGGAAGAAACAAAACUACCAAACCAACCAAAACUUCCCCUUCAUGUACCCGCCCCUCGACGCCACCAGCAACAGCGCAGGCGGCAAAGGCGGUGCGGGACUCCAAGACCUGCUGGUGGGCCGCAAGUGGGAAGGCAGCGAUGUGCCCGCGUCCAUCCUCGAGGCCGGCGAACUGUUCUCCAAGCGUGUGCGCAUGAGCCGUGCCACGCGACAACUGUGGGACGAACGCGAGGAGUUUCUCCGAUUCGAGCGGGGCUACGACGACGAUAACGACGACGACCUGAUCGACGAACUCGACCUCUCGGAGCUGACACUCGAAGAAAAGGAGGAGCUGGGGUUGACCAAGGGUGGUAAGUCCAGCGCUAGGUCUGCUGCGGCUUCUGAUAACCACCCACUACCGAAACCCCCGGCCUCCGGAAAGGACUAUGGCCCGCGAGACGCCGACAUCGACCCGGAGGUGAAAACCCGGCUGGACGCCGUCGAGGCUUUCUACCAAGAAGCCCUGCCCCAGCUGCAGUCGCUCGUCAUCGUCCUUCUCAAACAAAUCACCCUCAUGACUAGCAACCUCGUCUCCCCGCAAACUGCCAACGGCCCGCCUAGUGCUCGGCCCCUCGGCGGUGGUCCGCAGGGUCAGCAGGGUCAACAAAACCAGCAAGGCCAACAGGGUCUGCCGUCCAACGGGCUGAAUGGUGUACCCGGUGGGAAGAACGGAGGCGACCCGAACUCGCCGCUGGACGGGGACGUUGACGAGUUGCGGAGCCGUGAGAUUGCUGCGAAAGCGGUCACGGGGACGCUGAUUCUGCUGCUUAAGUGGUUGAAGCUGUCGCAUGUGCUCAAGUUUGAAUAUGUGACGCAGCUGCUGUUGGAUCUUAAUUAUCUCCCUAUGGCGCUGAAGAUCUUUGCUAUGUAUGAUGUGCAGCAGGUUGUCGAGAGUCGGACGGAUCGGUUGGAGCAUAGCUUCUUCUACUUCUGCGGCUCCCGCGCUGGCGCGAUCCCCCCACAGCACGCCGUUCCCAAUCCAACCGCCACCGAGUUCGAAGAAGACGUCAGCGACGACGACGACGACGCCGACGACGCCCUGCCACCUCCCAUCAAACGCCGGCGCUCCCCCCCUUCCGACUCCCUCGCAGCCGCAGCAGCCGCCCUAGGCUACCCCAUCACGGCCCUCCCGACCGAACCCAUAACCGACUUCUCCCGGCGCAACUUCUUCGCCCUCAUCAACUACCUGCGCAUCAUGCAAAAAGUCUGCAAACACCGCGCCCACCGCAAUCUCCUAAUGGUCCAAUACAAAUCCUCCAACAUCCUCCGCAAAUCCCUCAAAGUCCCCCAACACCAACUCCGACUUUACACCCUCAAACUCUUCAAGAACCAGGUCCCCUACACGGGACGCAAAUGGCGCCAGUCCAACAUGCGCGUUAUUACCGCCGUCUACCUCCACUGCCGACCUGAGUUACGGGAUGAAUGGCUUGUGGGAGCAGCGGUGGAGGAUCAGGUUGAUGAGGCGCUGCCGUUGGAGCAGGCGCUGAGGAGCUUGACGCAUUGGUUUAAUUUGAGGCGGUAUCCGGAGCAGAUGACUGGUGGAUAUGGAGGUGGGAGUGGGGGCAGUGCGAUGUUGAUGAGGCAGGCGAUGAGGGAGGAACAGCAGGACUUUUUUGUGAGGGAGUUGGAGAAGGCUGAUUGGAGUUGGUUGGAGGAGGGGGCGGGUGGACCUGGGGGAGGUAUGAAUGGGGAAGAGGGUAAUAAUGGUGGUGGACCGGAUUCGCAGGGGAUGGGUUGGGAUGAUGGGAGUUGGGGGUAA